AUGCCUUCUUUGUCUAAUCUUUUCCUGGUUUCGAUACCUCUUGUGUUGUUGGCACUCUUUUUCCAGACUGGCGCACCGGCUUUUGCCCUCCACAUUGUUGCUGAGCAUGUAGCCUUCAAGGUAGUUCGCAAUCUCCUCGCAACAACAUACUGUUACGCGUCGGUCAAGACGCUCUCUGAAGUUGGGAGUGAUGCCAAAUGCUUCAGUGUCUUCAACGGCAAAUUCACCAAAGUAGUCCCGGAAGGAUCUUGGACUGUGUUACAACGGCUCGAUGCGCGAGAUGGCCAUGUGAUCCCAGGGCUUUGGGAUGGACAUGGGCAUCUGCUUCAGUUUGGAGAAUCGCUGGAUUCUGUCAAUGUCUUCGGUGCAGGGUCGAUGCAAGAAGUGCAAAGGAGACUGCAAGAGUACAAAGCCGCUCGUCCAGAAACAGGUUCGAAGAAGGAAUGGAUGAGAGGUGUAGGAUGGGACCAAGCCAACUUCGGAGGUAAAUGGCCUACUUCAGUAUGUUCUAGCAGCACUGCUCAAUCUAUUCCCUCUCGAGAUAUUAAUUUCGCUGAUCUGAAAAGUCCGAUUUGGAGAUCGAUGAUAGGUUUAAGAACCUAUACGUCAUGUUGGAUCGUGUAG